AUCUUCUUCUUCUGCUUCUUCCUCUUCUUCUUCUUCUUCGUCUUCGCUUCACCGCGCCAUCGUCCUCUCUCUCUCUCCAUUGUGAUCCUCCACUCGGCGAACACAAGAAGCAACCGGCGUUUCACACGAAUACGCACUCGCAAGCACGCGAUCAUAUAUUUGCAUAUACGCCGCCGUCGAUAAGUCAUCAGGGCAGCUCCUUUUCUCUUUCUCCUCCUCCUAUGGCGACGGCGCCGGUGAAGUCACAGCCGCUCCACAACUUCUCCAUGCCGACCUUCCUGCGAUGGGGAAGCGCCACCGCCAGCCACCGCCAGCACCGCCGUCCCUCUUCCUCCGGCGACUCUCCUCCCCCUCCUCCGGACGACCGCGAACCACAAUCGCGCCCCCCGGCAAUCGGAUCGCGCUGCGGCCGCGCUAUCAGCAUCUGCUUACCGCUCGCCCCCUCGCCGGUCCUCGAUAAACCGCAGAAGCAGGCAUCGGGCUCUGGAGGAGAGAGAGAGACGUUGAAAAUCAACGUCGCUGGCACCGAUCUCAGAAGCGGCAACAACAACAAGAGCAGCGGUGAAGACAACGAAGAAACCGAAGCGGAGGAAGCCGUGCAGAGGCCGUGGAACCUGAGGCCGAGAAGAGGAGCGAACAACGGUUUCUCCAAGAACGGAGAGUCGCGCGAAGCGUUUCCGAUGGUUCAUCCUUCUGUCCAACAGGGCGAGAAGAAGGAGAAUGUGAAUCAGCCGCCGAAAUCGGCGCGACUGCGAGGUUUCGCAGAGGCGGCCAGCGGAGAGAGGAAGGAGGAGGCGGAGGAGGGGAAGAGGAGGCUGUGGGUAUCGCUGUCGAAGGAGGAGAUUGAGGAGGACGUCUUCGCGAUGACCGGGUCAAGGCCUGCUCGGAGACCGAGGAAGCGAUCCCGGAUUGCGCAGAAACAGCUCGAUAGCGUCUUCCCAGGUCUUUGGUUGGUGGGAAUCACGGCCGAUGCUUACCGGAUGCUUGACUCACCGGCGAAGAAAUGAAAUGCUCGCCUGGCUAUUUCUGCUUUCAAGGUUGUUUCUCACGGAACUAAUUUUCUUGAAGGCAGAAGGUGGUCAGGUGAAGUUAUGAACCGGUCACGCCACACUGAGACCACGAUUGGAGGUAUGGCGUGCUGUAGUAUGGGGGAAAUCUAAUCAAGCGCAGGAUAAUUUAUAGCGCCAUAGUUUGGUAGUUCUCGUUUUCCUUUUGCGGUGCAUCGCAUGUUGGGGUUGUGCAGGAAUCUUCGCAUAUAUAUAGUGUCAAGAGUAAUUUAUGAGGCAAAGGGUACUGGGGUCUCAAUUAGCUGGUUGGUCCAUAUUAAGGAUUCUUAUCAUAUACACGUCGGCAUAACGCUUCGAAAGGGAAAGAAAAAAUUGCACCUAUCAAUAUAUCAGUGCAAAUCUUCAAUGUGCAAGUAAGUUUUUCAUGGCUAGAGGACGAAAAACAAGCCUUCGGAUAUAGGCAAUGUGGAAAUGUGCUGUGCUUUUGAAUUAGGUUGGCAAAAAUGGGAGUAUUACGAUCUCUACUUAUGAUGUUUGGCAGGCUUCCCUAGAAUAAUGUUAGGGCCAG